AUGCUUGAUACUGUGACUGCAGUAUUGAAAUGGCUCGAAUCUCAUGGAACUCCCGACAAUUUGUUGAAUAUUCGAUACCUGGGUCCACUUCAAGGUCAUGGGGUGUUUGCGAAGCAAUCGCUUGCCAGUGGUCAAGUGACCUUAGAGAUUCCUUUUAAACUUACGAUGAAUAUCGAGUCUGCUAUGCAAUCGGAUCUUGCCCCCGUGCUCGAGACAUACCCACAGAUCCUGGAUGACGAGGUGCUGGCAUUACACUUGAUGCAUGAGCGCAAUAAAGGCAGUGGAUCAUUCUUUGCACCAUAUAUUGCGUCUUUGCCAACCACGUUUGACCUUCCUGUCUUCUGGUCGGAUACAGAGUUGAAUGAAUUGAAAGGCACAAAUGUGUUGCUGCUGACGCAUCUCAUGAAGAAACGUCUGGAAAAUGACUUUGACAACAUCCACAAAGCAGUGAUGGAAGCGUUUCCAAAGAUUUUUGCAUCACUACGGACGCUGACUCUUGAGGACUAUACGUGGGCGAUGAGUGUGAUCUGGAGUCGUGCAUUUGGUGUGAACAAGGGCGGGAAUUACCUGCGUGUACUGUGUCCAGCAAUGGAUAUGUUUAACCAUGACGUGAGCUUGCAUAACCCGUUGGAUGAUUACAUUUCAUUCGAUGAGGAGAAGCAACUGAUGACACAUCAUGUGCCGACAGACGUACCGGCUGGAUCCGCAUUAAGCAUAAGCUAUGGGCAAUACUCGAAUGCGAAAUUGUUGUAUUCGUAUGGAUUUGUUGCACACGAGAAUCUUCGUCGGGCCGUGGAUUUCUGGAUGAAGAUUCCACCGACGGAUCCGUAUGUAAAGCUGAAGCAAACUAUUCUCGACUCGAACGAGCUUACCAGUGAGCACACGUACGACUUUUGCGGCACCCUCUUUAUAAAGGAUAUCGAUGAGAGGCUGCUAGCUACUCUGCGCGUAAUUUUGAUGGACGAACAGGAGAUUCGUGUGUACAAGACGGCUUUUACAUCAUCCAUUAUCAGCGUUCGCAAUGAAUUAGCAGUAUAUGAAAAUCUGCAGAAUGCGUGCCGCCGCAAGCUCGCGAGCUAUUCGACAACACUUGAAGAAGACGAGAUGAUACUGGCUAACACGGAAGCGGAGUCAAACCCUCGCCUGUCGUUUGCAGUUCAAGUGCGCAUCGAAGACAAGCAAGUGUUCAUUGGAGCUAUCGACACACUCGAGCAGUGGAAACAGGCCCUAGCCUUUCACCCUGAUAGAUACCCACCUAGCACCACACGAUCGUAA